CAUAAAUUGCGGAUUGAUUUUUCCGGAUAUUUUUAUAUCUAUCAUUUAACCUCCUUGUUGAGCUUGCAAAUGCUAGCAAUAUAUAGGAUGCCAGGAUGCUUUAUAAUAUACAUAAUGGUCAUGGAGCUUAUUUCCGAAGCAAUGGGUGUAUUGGUCAAUUCUCCAUGUAAGGGAACGGCAGAUUGGAGUGAUUACAACAUCCGCUGUCCUGCCAAUCACAUAAUUUAUAUCCGGAAGCAUGUGAUUGAGAAUGCGUUUAACACACUGGUCUUCCCUGCCCUUGGGUGUAGCGCCAGUCAUUCCCUAAACUGUGGCGUUGAACUACCCAUUAACAACACCAUAAAUCGAAAGAACUACGACAUUUUUGAAUCAGCCGUUAACACAUGCAAUGGACAAAAUGAAUGUACUCUGACCAAGGAAUAUUUUGUGGAUUCUGAAAUGGCUCUAAAGAAGUAUUGUAAUGCCUCAAUACGACCAGAAAUACAGAGAGCGCCGUUUCGACAAAGCAUCGAAUAUAAAUGUAUUCAAGAUUUUCAGAUCAUAGACAUGUGUUCGACAGAAGAUAAUACAUGUAGCAGCCAUUCUGAUCAGCCCGUGUACUUGAAGGCUUCGGGCACAGGAUGCUCCUGUAACAUAACUGGAUUUGUAUCACGUGCUGAGAUAUUACAGGCAAUAUCUGUAAAACUACUGAUUCAUUCCAAUGCUAACAACGUGUUCGAGCAUCAAAACACUGACGUUGGUUUAUACGGUGUAGAUAUUUCUGUUCAAGCAGAAAACCUGACAAUAGAAAUAAAAGAGGGGUCAAACAAAGGCUUGUCUCUGAUGAAAGUUUUAAGUAAAGGAAACCUAAUAAUACACUGUGACAGUUACCAAAUAUCAUUGUCAACUUAUGAGACUCUUAGAAGACAAUUUCAAAUUGAAAAGACGAGUUGGACUUCGUUUUCCACACCGGCAAAACCAAACAUGUAUAUAGAAUCAACAAAAAACGACCAAGUACAUGUGCACGACGAUGUUUUAAGUUGGAUACAGACGUUUUUCAUCAUCAUUUUGCUAGUCUUUGCUUCAUUCUCUUGGUACAAAAAGAGGACUGAGGGCAGAAAUACAAUCAAAAUAAGAUUAAUAGACAGAGAGGAGAAACUGAGUUUUAUGUGUUAUUCAAAAGAUGAAAAAAAGAAAACAAGUAUUGAGAUCCAUCAGGCCGACUGUAUGUGUGAAGCCACCAACAAGCAACAUGUGACAAGUUCUACCUACACACCUUUAGAUGUUCUAAACGAAGUUGAGAAUAAUAAUCAGUCAAAUAACAACAAUGAAUAUCUUGACGUUGUAUGAUCACAUUACAUAUAUCGUUCGAUCAAGACCAUUGCUGAAUAUGCUUAAUUUCGUAAUAAUUCUUCAACGUUGUAAAUGUUCUCGUAUAUGUACAUAUAGAUACACGUGUACGGUGUUAUUUGAAGAAAAGGACUGGCUCAAGAACACGACUUGUUAAUGUAGAGAAAGGACUUAAACGUUAUGUGUAUGGGAUUUAUUUUUUGAUUAAAUUAAUUUUUUUUGUUGGUUAAUUAAAGAAGUGGCAAAUAAGAAUUACAAAUAUGUUUUGUAUCGAAAUCUACUUCUCGUGGAUGAUGGAAUUGCACUUACAAAAUAUUGCUAAAGAAAUGACGAAAACAAAGGUCGGAUAUGAUUUUCGUGUAUUCGAACAUCGGUGAACUAGUGUAUCUGUGUGUUUUGUUUAUUACAUUUUAUCAAGUCAUCUAUCAGUCUUCAUGUAUGAGAAUCGAGUUAAUGAAUAAUUUCUCAAUCCCUAUUUAUGCAUUAAGAUAUAAUAGGUUAUUUUUAGGUAUAAACACUUGAAGGUUCUCCGACCUUCAUCAUAAUUUUUUUCAUCAUAUAAAUGUUUUUUAUUCUUCAAACUUUAUAAAUGAAAUAAAAAGAAAUUUAUUGAUGAUAUCCGUGCAUUUUACAAAAUUAUUGCAAAUUAAACCACAAUGGAUAUUAUGGAACAAAUAUACACUUUGAGAUCAAAUAAAAAAAAGAGGGUUGGCUCGAUAUUCUUUACCAAUAUGAAUAGAUAUCCGUGGGCCCUCUAAGCCAUGCAUUUUGUUAAAUUACUCAUCAUAAUAUUUACACUAGAAGACUUAUGAAAUUUGUCAAUGUAAAUGGGAGAUUUAUUGUUCGAAUAAAUAAAUCCGUAUAAUUUAGAGUUAUCGAAUAUUUAAUUUAAUUUUGUAAAUGAAGAUAUAUUUUUGCGAUGUGAUUUAAUCUUAUCAUUUUUUUUGA